UUCUGUAGCCGGGUAGGUGAGGGCCAUGGGCCCCCCGCCCCUCCUGCUGCUGCUCUUGGGGGCCCUGGCCCCGGGGGAGAUCUGGGCAGGCUCCCACUCCCUGAGGUAUUUCUCCACCGCGAUGGCCCGGCCCGGCCCCGGGGAGCCCCGCUUCAUCGCUGUGGGCUACGUGGACGACACGCAGUUCCUGCUGUUCGACAGCGACUCCCCGGGUCAGAGGGCAGAGCCGCGGGCGCCCUGGAUGGAGCAGGAGGGGCAGGAGGACCUGGACGAGGAGACUCAGAUCCAAAGGGACAAGGCUCAGUGGUUCAAAAUGCUCCUGAGGGACCUGCGCGGCCACUACAAGCAGAGCAAGGACGGUUCUCACACCCUCCAGACGAUGUUUGGCUGUGAAGUGGGCCCACACCUGAGGCUCCUCGGCGGGUAUGAAAAGUUCGCCUAUGAAGGCGCAGAUUUCAUCUCCCUGAGCGAGGACCUGAACUCCUGGACCCCCGCGGACUCGGUGGCUCAGAUCACCCAGCGCAAGUGGGAGGUGCAGGAGAGGGCCGAGCCUGUCAGGAACAGUCUGCACAAUAGGUGCUUCCCUUGGCUCCUCAGAUUCCUGAUUUUGGGGAAGGAGGUGCUGCAGCGCACAGAUCCCCCAAAGACACACUUGACCCACCACCCCACCUCUGACCAGAAGGUCACCUUGAGGUGCUGGGCCCUGGGCUUCUACCCUGCCAAUAUCACCCUGACUUGGCAGCGAGAUGGGGAGGACCUGAACCAGGACGUGGAGCUGGUGGACACCAGGCCUGGGGGGGAUGGAACCUUCCAGAAGUGGGCAGCUAUGGUGGUGCCUUCUGGAGAGGAGCAGAGAUACAUGUGCCGUGUGCAGCAUGAGGGGCUGCUGGAGCCCCGAGUCCUGAUAUGGGUGCCCCCUCCUCAGUUCUCCAUCCCCACCAUUGUCAUCAUUGCUGGCCUGGUUCUCCUUGUUGCUGUGCUCAUUGGAGCUGUAGUGGCUGCAUCUGAGAUGUGGAGGAAGAAGCACUCAGGAUUAGAAGAUUCAUUUAGAACUUCUGACCUGACUGCUACCUGGUCUCACGUGAUGUCUUUUCUCACAGAUGGAAAAGGAGGAAGCUACACUCAGGCUCCAGGGACGGAGCAGUGGCCUGCGCGGCCCGGGCUGGAUACUGGUGGGCAGAGGCGCCGGCGGCCCAGAAGGGGACGGAGAUGGUAUACUAUGUGACGUCAGAGCCCUGAAGAUGGGGAGAUAGAAUGACGUGGGGUCAAAAACCUGCUGAAAUAAGGAUUCUCGCUCAUUGGGAAAGAGAACAAGUUGGUACCGCCCUUCUGAAUUCAGCUGUUAGCAUUUGGGAUGUUAUAUAUGUGUGUGUGUGUGUCUGUAUUAAAAGAAAUAGUAAUUCAAUUUUUGAGACAUGACCUAAGGAAACGCUUUGACACACACACAUGCACACACACACACACCCCUUUAUUUGUAAAAAUACUAACCAGCAUUUUCUCAUACUUACAAAUACUAGCAACAAUCUAAGUCAAAACUUCAGGAAACAGUGAAAUAUAGUACACUAUGUACGUGAAACAAAUGUAGCAAUUAGGCAUAAUCAUUCUGAAUAGUUUUAAAUGACUUGGAAAAUACUUGUGUUAUGAUGUUAAAUGAAGGAGGAAAGAUAGAAGAUUGUAGGCAUAGCAUUAUUCCAGAUAUAAAAUGAACAUAAUAGGAUUGAUUUAAAUUUUAAAUACCAGACAAAAUGGAAAUCAUGUGUUAUGUAUGCAUUUAGUGAUAUCCCCUUAGGUGAUGAACUGUCAUGAAGAGCAAGGGAAAUAAUUAUAAUGACAGCCACAUAUUCCUGCUUACUUGGGGAGGAAGAUUAUGAUAUAGUGUGGUCUUAGGAUUCUUCACCCAGUUUAUGGGAGUUCAUUUUUUAAUUCUAAUUUUUCACCUGUAUAGUCUCUGCCCUUACACAUGGGUGUUAUAGUUCACAGUUCCAAAUAUACUGGAAAUUAUGAGGAAGAAAGUAAGCUAAUUCUUAAAAUUAUCUAUUUUAAAAAGAUGUAUUUAUUUUUAUGCAGACAAGAACUGGGGUCUAGGGCAAAGGUGCAGGAGGUGAGAGGAUUCACCAGAGACAGAGUGGGGAGCAGAACAGGUGGCUCUACUGAAACCCACUGCUGAGGGGAGCAGUGGGUAAACAGGAGAGGUCCGCUGCACCAUGUGGGUCAGCUCCCUGCCUGGGGAUCAAACUCAGGCCACAGUGGCUGGCAAUAGCUUGACAACGUUGAGACUUUAACUCCUGCACCACUAGGUAGACCCUAAAAGUAUUUAUCUUUUGAGGAAAAAAUCACAGUUCACUGUUCCUCAUUUUAUUUUAUUCUAAUGUUCAAAUAUUCUACAAUGUACACAACUCCCUUUCAGUUUCAGAAUCAGUCAACCAAAGCAAAUUUAAAAAUUAGUGCAAUCAUUGGUGCAAUUACCCCCUGCUCCUUGGCAAGUGAGAAGUAACUACAGAAUUUUUGUAAAGAAAGCCUUAAAAAUUCUGUUGCAGUUACAGAAAAAUUUCUAAGGGUGUACAUAUGGCCUUCCUGAUAGUAAAGCAGGGGUGGGCAGAGCAGUCUCAUAUCAGUUAAUGUCAAGGUCACCUUGAUUGUUUUUUUUAACUGAGGGAGGUAUCAUAAGGACAAUUUAUAAAUCUUUAUUACCCCAAUUAUGGAAGGUUCCAGCAAUCUAAGGUGGGGUCAGAAAAGAUGAUCAGCCAGAGGUGGGGGCAGAGAGGAUUAUGAAACUUAGGAGACUCACCCAUUCUGACCCCAAGGCAAUAAUUUCCACACUCAUUCCAUCAAAGAACAUUAUGAAAGAACACCCCUUACCCUCGCCAGAAACCCCCUGGACCCUCAAUACCCUCCUGGACUCCCUACGCGCUUCCCGGUACCUUAUUUCCAGCGGCGAUGCUCUGGUUGUUCCUCUUCACUCCUUGCUCUCUACCGCAGCCUUUAUUUGCUCAGCCCCCCAGGUCAGGUGUGCCGCGUAAGCACGCCCACCCCUUCCCCUGGGUGCUCACCCUCAGGCAGCCGGACGCAAAGCCCACACUCCCAAAGGCCCCCAGUUUUCCCAAAUGCAGGUUUGCCACAAGUCGUUUGGCGCAAACCCCAAAAGGAAGCAAUCUUCCUUUACCCCUCCUUCCACCCCGCCACUUGCUGUGUCUGGACAGUCCCCACCUGGUUUCUCUUGGCCACGGAACCCCUGCAGCCGUGACCCACACAGGUGAACGGCAGAAACCCGCUCCUUCCAGACAGGGCACCCCCGAAGGCGGAAUGAGGAGCCCGUUUGCAGGCCCCCGCCAUGGUUGCUCCCGACUGCUCCCCACAGCCCCGCUCCCUGCAGGGGAACCACCACUCAGUCUGGG